AUGAUGCUAUUGAAAAGUCUUCGAGCUGUGAGCUCCCUACUUCCACUGAUAUCAACGGUUCGAGGCGAUACGUACUACAAAUGUACUGCUGGUGGUGCUGCGAACUACCCCGACUACGAUUCGUGGGGAGACUGUCAAAAGGCGUGGAACAUGCUUGUCCUUCAGCAAACUGGCUGUGACGGGGUAGCUUGGCUUCCUGACACGUAUAGAUCGACACAGUAUGGGUACUGCGUGGCACAGAUGCGCAGCAAGAAGGCAGGGGGCUCCGGGAUUGAUUCGACUCUAGUCGGGGCUUCGUUCAACAUGCUAGCUGUUCAGUGCGCUGGGCUUGGCGAAUGGGUUUACUCUGAUAAUUCCGGUAUUGCACAAGUCUACAUUGUCAACAGACAGGUUGACAGACGUUUUGGCCUGAUAAACGGAACAGAGGCUCCGUUGCUAGACACGGAUGUCGCUGUCCGAGCCUCAGCUGUUAAUCGCCGCGACUGCGACAAUGGUACAACUCUAUUCUCGAGAUUGCGAUGCGUAUUACACCAAAUUAAGUUGACGUUCGAACGAAAAAUAAGACUCACCCGCAAUCCAAAUCGGCAGACUGCACUGGCUGCCAUGGUUGUCGAUGAUAUGCGUCGGAACAGGGGCAAUACCAUCCACUUAGCUCAAACGAUUCAUGGCGAAGGCGGUGAUGCGACUUUUGCUGCAGUACUAGAUUCGGGCACUUGGGGAAACCUCCUCGCUACGGCGGGGGAAGAUAAUAUCCUAGAAGCGGUGCGAGUAUCAUUGGCGACUCUCGAUAAUCAGCCUGGGGCUGCGGUGAUCUCUGGAAACUUAGACGGUGGAAGCACCGCUCGUUUUAUUGCGGCUGCCAAUGACGAUAUCUUUGCGUUGGCCGCAUAA